GCUGCAGAUCGAUGUCAUGGAUCUAAGAAGUUUAAAAGCUGGCAGGGCUCUAAAUGUCGACCUGAAGCUAGAUUUAAUGUCACAGCGAGACCUCUCUGUAUUCCUUUAUGAGUGUUAGCCGUUAGCAGACUGACAUUAGCGGUUAGCACAGCAUCUCUCCGGAGCUAAACACACUGCUGUCAGCUGUCCACAACAACAAUAACAAGCCAUGGCGAUAAAUAAAGCCAAAGUGGCGGUGGGCUUCAUAGUGUCCGGGGUCCUCAUGGUGUUCUUCGGGGUGGUUUUAACUUUUGUGGGACCAAUAAUCAUCGACGAUCAGGUGGUGAAGAACACAGUGAUUGACCCGAAGAACAGCAUGUCUUACACCAUGUGGAAGGACGUCCCGGUGCCCUUCUUCAUGUCCGUCUACUUCUUCAACGUCCUGAACCCUCGGGAGGUUCUGAAAGGAGAGAAACCCAUGGUGGAGCAGAAAGGACCCUUUGUGUACAGGAAACGGAUCCAGAAAGACAACAUCACGUUUCACGACAACGGUACCGUGUCAUACCGAGAGUACAGAACGUUUUACUUUGAGCCGACGAUGUCCUCGGGGGACGAGUCCGAAGUUGUCACGAUCCCUAACAUGUUGGUGCUGGGAGCAGCAGGGAUGAUGGAGAACCUUCCCUACGCCGUGCGGUUGAUGAUCAGCGCCACUUUUAAGACCUUCAAAGAGGGGCCCUUCCUCACGAAGACGGUGGGGGAGCUGAUGUGGGGCUACGACAGCGGCCUGGUGGACUUCCUGAAUAAAUGGCUGCCGGGCAUGCUGCCCUCAACGGGGAAGUUCGGCCUCUUUGCUGAAUUCAACAACUCCAACACCGGCCUGUUCACCAUCUUCACCGGAAAAGACGACAUCAAGAAGAUCCACCAAGUCGACUCCUGGAACGGACUGACGGAGCUGAACUACUGGAAGACUCCUCAGUGUAACAUGAUCAAUGGAACGGCUGGACAGAUGUGGGCUCCAUUCAUGACCAGAGAGAGCACCUUACCUUUCUACAGCCCCGACGCAUGCAGAUCCAUGGAGCUUGUGUACCAGCGUGACGGGAAGAUGCAGGGAAUCCCUCUCUUUCGAUACGUUGCUCCCAAAACACUGUUUGCUAACGGGACGGAUUACGCUCCUAACGCAGGAUUCUGUCCCUGCAGACAAUCAGGACUACUGAACGUCAGCAGCUGCAGACACAACUCUCCAGUGUUCAUCUCUCACCCUCACUUCUACAACGCUGAUCCCGUGCUGCUGGACUACGUGCAGGGACUCAAUCCAACGGAGGAAGAGCACGGCCUCUUCAUAGACAUCCAUCCAAUGACGGGCGUUCCUCUGAACGUCUCCAUCCGCCUGCAGCUCAACCUCUUCAUGAAGACAGUGUCAGGAAUCACAGAAACUGGCAAGAUCGCUGACGUGGUGAUGCCCAUGAUCUGGUUUGAGGAGAGUGGGUAUAUCGACGGCCCGAUCCUCUCCACCUUCCACACCAACCUGGUGGUCCUCCCAGCGGUGAUGGAGUUCAUGCAGUACGGCUUCAUCGCGCUCGGCGUCGCCACCAUCAUCAUCGCCUCGCUGAUGCACCACAAGUUCAAG